CAACAACAGUCUGCGUGACUCCCCGACCGCAUCGCACCUCUGUCCCGCCAAAGCAGGGCUACUUUCUCCUCGCUUCUUCUGACAGAGGAUAAAAAGAAGAUAUUUCACGGGUGUCAAAGACCAGCUCGGAGGGGUUGAAGUUGGAUGUUCUCAUCAUGUCUUUUAAGGCUUAAAACUAAGUUUCCUGUCUCACUCGCUGUGCACAAGAGGAGGAGAGUAUAGCGGAACUUUCGGGGGACCUUUUCCUCGCUCCGGAGUAACCGCGGGGGCAGCGCGCAGGUUUAUACCCUGGAGCUCACACCUUCUACAAGCUCCGGAUCUCCCUAAAGCCCGUCUGCGGAGGUGGAUGGUAUGGUAUAACUUUUCCGCUGCAGCCGAACCUGAGAGGAGCCGUUUUAUGGUUUCGUGGAGAAGGGAUGCGAGCCUCUCCUCCGUGUCGGAUAGCGGAGCGGCUAUGAGGAGAGAGGUUCACCUGCUGGGCUAACAGAACAAGAGCUCACUGCACCAACAGAAUGCGGGAACGGGGUCCUUGCAUUUGUGGAGUAGGUGUGUGGAGUCUACUGCUGUCCCUCUGUCUGGCCUCCCUCACACAUGCACACAGGAGCCAUAUAGUGCAUGUGAAGGCAGGGACGUGUGAGGUGAUCGCUGCCCACCGCUGCUGCAACAAGAACAAGAUCGAGGAGAGAUCUCAGACUGUGAAAUGUUCCUGCUUCCCUGGGCAGGUUGCUGGCACCACCCGGGCCAUGCCCUCCUGUGUUGAUGCCUCCAUUGUAGCCCAGAAGUGGUGGUGUCAGAUGCAGCCAUGUAUGGACAGUGAGGAGUGUAAGGUUCUGCCAGACCUCACAGGCUGGAGCUGCAGCACAGGCAACAAAGUCAAGACCACAAAGGUGACCCGAUAGUCUUGUUUGUGUCCUGGAGAGCAGGAGAAUAUGGCAGUGGAGUUACUUACACAGCACAACGGACCUACCAGUGGUGAGGAAAACCCUCUCAGAAGGACUUCUACAAGGAACCAGUUAUUGUUUUAUUUUUCUGAGGAUAUGAAGGCUGCAGAGACAGGACUCUGACACUGUUUCCUUAAACACAACUGAGUGUCCUUGGUCCUUUAACUGCAGAGGACUGCAACACCCACAAUCCUUUACUUCUACAACAAAGAACAAAAUCAAAAAAGUGAACUAUGAACUAAAGAGAACUGGAUUGGAAGACAAAAACAACUUUCUUUACAGAAAUCUGUAUUCUUUAUCUCUCUUCUUUGGCUUAGUUGUGGUCUUUACGCAUACUGGGAUAAAGGAGAUUACAAAUGUCAGUACAAAAAAAGAAGGAGAAAGCAUCAAGUAAGGCUGUCUUAUCUUACUGAAUGACACAUUUAAAUUUUACUGUGCCACAUGACACACUCGAUGCUGUCAAAAUAUUUCUCAGAUCUGGAACCGAACCUCUUCUUUUUCUUUCAGAUUUCACUUUCAUGAUACUAUUUUACCUUGAAUAGUUUGUGGCUUACCACAUGUAUUUUUUAAAAUGGAAGGACAGUUUGUCAGUCUUCUUUUUUCUUUUGUUUUUGACAAAGGACAAAAUCCUUUCAGGGGUGACAUUAGACUAAUACCAAGUAGAUGUUAUGGUAUAUUGAAACAUGUAAACGUGUAAAAAAUGGUCCAUGGAAUCAAUGGGGCUAAAGAUGAAUUGAUGCUCUAAUGGUUUUAAUAUCUGUGUUUUUAAACGCCUGUUAACCGCUAUUGAGUACAUGUGUCAGUAUUAUAUGAAAUGAAUAAAACCUUUC